AUGUCAAAUAAUAGUAAUAAAAAAUAUAGAGUUAUAAAUGAAGAGAAAUAUGUAGAUUCAUUAAAUAAAAUUAUAGUUAGGGAUUUUUUCCCAGAUUUACCAAAUCUAAGGGAUCAAUUAGAAUGGAUGGAAGCAGUAGAAACAAAUGAUUUAGAUAGAAUUAGAUCAGUUCAAUUAGCAUCAUUAAGAAAAGAAACAACUGUUAGAAGACAGCAUGAUGACAUUACACCUUCAAUUAAUAAUAAUAAUAAUAAUUCAACAUCAUUUGAAACACCUAUAAUACAUAACGAAUUUGAUAAUAAUAGUAAUAAUAAUAAUCAAGAUAAUAAGAAAAUUAACAAUAUUGAGGAUGAUGAUAAACAUAUAGAAAAUACUAAUUUGGAUAAUUUUGUAAAUACAUUUGUAAGCGAAGAUGAUGCAAGUUAUAUAGAUAUUCAAAAGAAACAAAAUGAAAGAAUAUUAAUAAAAUAUAAAUGGUUAUUCGAUAAAGCUAAAGAGAUUAAUAAACAUAAUCAAUUACAAUUAGAGGGAAAUAAAGGAACUACAACAACAACAACCACAACAACCACAACAACCACCACAACUAACAAAAAUUUAUCAUCUAUAAUUGAAUAUAAACCACCAAAAAAUAUUGUACCAGAUACAUGGAAUUAUAAAGUUAGGAAUACAUUAAUGUUUAAACCUGAAAAUCUUGAUCCUUCAUUUAAUAGGGAAAUAAUUGGUGGUCCACCAAAAGAAAUUCAACAUAGUAAUACAAGAAUAACUGGUAAUAUUUGGGAAAAUGAACCAAAACCUCAAAAUAUAAAUAGAUUUCGUGAUAGUAAUAAUAAUAAACCAUUUUCUGAAAUGACAUUACAAGAACAAAUUGAAAAACUAAAACAAUUAGAAGAAGAAGGUAAAUCAUCGAUGGAAAUUGAGAAUUCGACAUUUGGUUAUUUAUCAACACCACAAAUUAUACCUGGUAGAAGUAUUGAUGAUAGUAGUGGUGGUGGUGGUGGUGGUGUUGGAGAAUCACCAUUAAUGACAUGGGGUAGAGUUGAUGGUACACCAUUGUUAUUGGACUCAAGACCCAUUUCAACACCAUUAGAUAUUAAAUUAAGAGGUAGUGGUGCACCAUCAUUUAAAAUACCAGAAACACCAAAAAGAGAACAACUUGCAAAUAAAUUAUUUGAAAAAGUUGCUGUAUCAAAAACUAAAUCACAACAAUCACCAAUUGUAAAUAGAAAUAAAAGAAAUAGUACUGGAGGUAUGACACCAACCAGAUCACUUGAAAGUUUAUCGCCUGCUGCUCAAAGAUUACUUCAAGCUAAAGGUAGUUUAACUCCAACUCAUAUUAAAUCUAAAAAUCAUAUAGAUGAUCAAUUAAGAAAGAGUUAUACAUCUUUAUCACCUUCACCUAAAAAACAAGUUUCAAAUAAUUUUACACCAACACCAAUUACACCAAAAUCAACACCAUCAAACCUUUCAAGAAAUAUUUAUAAUAAUGAUACCAAAAAAACAACAACAACGAUAAAAACGACAGCUGCACCACUUCCAAACCCUUCAAAUUCAUCAAUAACAGAUAAUUUAUUAGAUUUUACAUAA